UUGUUAAAAAUUAUUUAUUGUGUAUUAUGAAUAUAUUUACAAAUAAGAUUUAGUCAUUUUCUUCAUUAUAAAUAUUUAUUAGGAUAUCUUUAUCUCUCAAAAACAAGACAUUAUAAAUAAUUAAUCAUGUAAUGUGUUUUUAAAAAUUAUUACAUCAAUAUUUAAUAUUUAUUUCUUUUUUGAAACAAAUUACACGUGCACUAGUUUUUCAUUUAAAUCAUGUCGAUCAAUUCUGUAAUAAGAUGACAAAAUUUGAUAUAUAUUGUUUUUUACAAUAGAACAAUUUUGAAAUUUGUUCAAAUUUGUACAAAAAAUUAUAAUAUAUUCUUUAAAAAUACUUUUUACUACAUAAUAAAUAUAUAUUUUUUGAUUAACUAAGAUCUAAUUAUAUUACAUAUAAUUACAUAUAAUUAAAAGAAAAGAUAUUUAUAUAUAUAUAUAUAUAUAUAUAUAUAUAUUUUAAUAAAAAACUGACAUAUCAAAUUUUAUCAUCUAACUAUUUUAUUCAAAAAUAAUUUUCAGAAAUUAUGAUAAUCCAUUUAGAGAAAAUUUUUAUUAGUAAAUUUUAAAUAUCUUAUAUUAUGAAUUUAGUUAAUUUGAACAUUAUAAUUAUUACACAAUUACUUACCUUUUUUAUUUCUUUAAAAAUCACAAAAUAAAUAAAAAUAAAUUUCAUUAAAAUAUGUACAAGAAUUUUUUUUUGUAGAUAGUAAAAAAAUGAAAGAUUAUUCUACAUACAUUUAUAAUUUUAUUAAAUCAUUUUAUGAUUUUUAAAUUUUAAUUAUUGUUAAAAGUCUCAUUAUACAUGUAACUGUGGUGCAACUGAAAGUGAUUCUGUGUUGUACAAAUAAAUUAAAAAAAGAAAAAAAGAAUUUAAGAUUUUCUUUUCGAAUAAAUCAAAUAUAAAAAUUUUUUAAUUUUUAAUGCAAGUGAAAUUAACUUCUUUCCAAUAAAAUAACAGAUAAAUUAAAUUAUCAAAUUAAAUUAUCAAAUUAAAUUAUUUUAUAUACGAAAAUAAGUAAAAAUAUAUACAUUUUUUUCAUUUAAAUAUCAAUUUUCUAAAAAAUAAAAUUUAAAAAUUUCUCGAUUAUAUGAUUUUUUGUUUCUAUGUGUUUUGAUUUUUUAAAAAAUAAAUAAAGUUUCAUUUUACAGUUACUUUAUAACCUCUUAAUUUCAACGAUCUAUCGAUAAUUCAUUCGUAUGUCAAUCAGGAAUUAAUUAAUUUUAUUUUCACACUUGAAUUUAAAAACGAAGUCUCAAAUAAAAAAAUAUUCUUUUUUUUCUUCCUUUUUUUUUUAUUAACGUAUUUUUACACAUUCAAGAAUUGUAUCCAUCUCAGUUGUACCAUCAGUUAAAUGUACGGACAUCUUGUAUACAGAUCAAAACUUUAUCUAUCGUAUCAUCUUAUUUAUAACCAUUAUUCAUAACUAUUUUUUUUUAUCAUUACACGUUAUAUUCGGACGCCUAACACUUGACUUCACAUCGACCACAUGGCGAGAAACACCGCGAAUACACUAUAAAUAGGAUCAUAAGGAUUAAAACCCACGAUGACGCAAUUCCGUCUCAUCAAACCUAGUUUCGUUCCAAGACAGAGGCAUCAAUUUCACUUUCUAACAAGCGUGUUACGACUCCGCUAUUACAUCGGCCCAAUUAAGCAUCUUAAUCGCUACCAAAUCGUACUGUCACGGUCGAAUAACUCGUAUCAUCCGUGGACUUGAUACCCAUAUGCUUAUAUACGUAUCUACAUACGCGAGGGACAGUUCUUGGUCCGAUAGCCGGCACGUGACUGAAUUCCAAUGGAAAAUGCACACGCGCCGAAGAGUGCGUUACUCACACGUCCGAUACGUUAGUAAGCGAUAGACAGUGCCACUGACUUAUCAUCGGUGCUUCCAUUUUCUGCCGACCCGCGCUUUUUUCACUAGAAUUCGUCGUGACGUUCGAUCGUGCGUAACAACGCUCUUUGACUUUGAAUCCAAAGUGAACGAUUCCAAGUGGACUACGCUUCGACACCAUCAUGACAGACUAUCAAAGCGACGAUAUGUCGGCGAUCAGCCCUGAAAUAACGGUGAGAAGACCAGUUUAUCAACAAGACGAACUUAAUCAUUUAUGUAAAUAUGCCAAACCAAAUGAAGCACUUUUGAAGAAUAUCUCGAUUAAAUGCAAAAAAAUGAGGCCGAUGAGAAUUCUAAAGACUACUAUACCUCUUAUUGACUGGUUGUCAACAUACAAUUGGAAGAAUGAUAUACUAGGUGAUAUUGUUGCUGGAAUUACUGUGGCAGUGAUGCAUAUUCCUCAAGGAAUGGCGUAUGCAAUAUUGGGCAACGUGCCACCGAUCAUUGGUAUUUAUAUGGCAUUUUUUCCGGUUCUUGUUUAUCUCUUCCUCGGCACCUCGAGGCACAAUUCUAUGGGUACCUUCGCAUUAAUAUGCAUGAUGACAGGAAAAGUGGUAGCAACUUACAGCACUCAAGGUCAAGUAAACAAAAACUCCACAACAGAAAACGAGUUACUAACCUCAACAAGUAGUCAAUAUUCCUCGGUAGAAGUUGCCACUGCGGUCACUUUCACUGUGGCCUUGAUUCAGUUGAUAAUGUAUUUGUUGCGAUUGGGAGUGAUCGCAGCGCUUCUGGCGGACAGUUUGGUGAGUGGAUUCACCACUUCUGCAGCGGUUCAUGUAUUUACGUCACAGCUAAAGGAUCUGUUAGGAUUAAAGAAUAUACCUAGGCGCAAGGGACCUUUCAAAUUAAUUCUUAGUUACGUCGAUUUGCUCAAUAACUUUCCAUCCAUCAAUGGGAUCGCCCUUUUGGUGUCUUGCGCUACUAUUUUGAUUCUCGUCGUCAACAAUGCCUUAAAGCCAAGAUUCGCAAAACUCAGCCCCUUUCCAAUCCCAAUAGAAAUGCUCGUAGUCGUUAUAGGCACAGUCCUUUCCGUGUACCUGAAUCUUGCGGACGUUUAUGGAAUUGCAGUAGUUGGUGACAUACCAGUUGGUUUACCAGUUCCAACCUUGCCACCAUUAUCCCUAGUGCCGAACAUUCUAAUAGACAGCUUCGUGAUCACUAUGGUGUCCUACACCAUAUCCAUGUCCAUGGCGCUCAUUUUCGCGCAGAAGUUGAGCUACGAAGUGGACUCGAAUCAGGAACUAAUGGCACAGGGAAUUGGAAAUCUAGUCGGAUCCUUCUUCUCCUGCAUGCCAUUCACAGCUUCUCUCUCUAGAUCCCUGAUUCAGCAAACUGUCGGUGGACGAACCCAACUGGCUAGCUUGAUAUCCUGUGGCAUUCUGGUUAGCGUUUUAUUAUGGAUCGGCCCCUUCUUCGAGCCUCUUCCACGGUGCGUUCUAGCCAGCAUCAUCGUGGUGGCUCUAAAGGGGAUGCUGAUGAAAGUGACAGAGUUCAAAAGAUUCUGGAAGCUGGACAAGAUUGACGGAAUCAUUUGGGCCGUGACAUUCACGACGGUGAUCCUGUUGGACGUGGAAUACGGCCUUCUGAUCGGGAUCGUGUUCUGCGUUGGCAAAUUGAUCUUCUUCUCCGUUCACCCUUACACCUGUUCCCUCGCUCCAGUACCUGGUACCGAGCUUUAUCUGGAUACCAAGAGAUAUAAAGGCACCGUCGAGUUACCAGGGAUAAGGAUAUUCCAUUACUCGGGUAGUUUGAAUUUCGCUUGCCGACAACAUUUCCGCGAUGAAGUGUACAAAGUUGCCGGACAAGUACCAAGAAAGGAACCGAAUGGUGGCUUUAAGCAUGAUCAAUUGAAGGAAGUUAAGAAGCUGAGGGCCCUAAUACUGGAUCUUAGCGCUCUCAGUCACAUAGAUCUGGCAGGCGCAUCUAGCCUGGGACAUCUGAUCAACGAAUACUGUGAAAUUGAUAUACCCGUCUACGUGGCAGGAUGUUCUGGACCUGUAUACGAGAUGAUGAGAAAGUGCAACCUAUUAGAAUACAAAAACGGCCUGUUCGCCGCCUUCCCCACCGUAGCCGACGCUGUGCAUUUUGCAAAAUGUAACACCGAGUCGUCUUCCAUGCCAGCAUGGAGCUCUUCAAUGUACGAGGAUACCGUUGUCGCAAGACUUUGAUUGGGAAUACUAAUCGCGAUUGCAUGCGGCAAGUUUCAUUCAUGGUUCCCAGGGAAAAAAUGCUCAAUUAACAAGUUUAAUUGAGAAUUUCUUGUUAUUUCUAAGAUUUGGACUGAUGGAUGGAGGGGGGAUUUGUUUUAAAAUUUUUUUGGAGAAAGAAAAAGAGAGAAUUUAAGAGAAAGAUAUUAUAGAUGAAUAUAAUAAUGUUGGAAUUUAUAUUAUGUACAGAUUAAAUAUAUAUUUAUAUGAUGUAAUAGAAAUUAAUUCAAACAACUUGCUCAAGAAAGAAUAUUGUCAAGGUUAUACGUAUUCGUCGAUUAAUUAAGGAUUUUAUUACUUGUAAUUAAAAGUAUUACUUGUAAUUAUAUAACUUGUAAUUAUUUAUUUAAAAAUUUUAUGUUUUCAAUGAUGAAAUUUGUAUUCUGUAUUUGGAUAAUUCGAUUUGUAUUUCUAUCAUAACGAAAUCAAUAAUUAAAUACGAAGACAAUUUAAAAUAAAAAGAAA